UGCUUUGAUUUACAGGCACAGGAAUCAAUAGCCGCAGUCAAGGGUCAACACGCUGGGGCAAACUAAACAGACAGACGCUAAAGAGGAGUCUAGAGAGAACCAGAGGAGCGUCAAGAACCGAGGAGACCAGAAGACAUUUUUCCCAAGGCAAGACAAGUCCAAGACCAGUGAUGGCCCCCGCCGUGCUCAUUCUCCUUGCCCUGGGUUUCCAGUUGGUUAAAGGAUAUCAGACCAGCCAGAUUCCUACAGCAGCGAUCACUGCUAUGGCUGGUGCCACAGUUAACCUGGAAUGUAACCUGGGAAAACCUGCAAACAACUUGGAAGUAAAAUGGUAUAAAUCGAGUGAAACGAUGCAGAGAUCCAUCAUUAAUCCUAAAAAUGACAAAAGCUCUAUUAACAAUUCUGAAAAUAUCUCCACACUCGUCCUUAAGAAUGUCAUGGAAAAAGAUUCUGGAGAAUACAUAUGCACAUUACAGCCCAGAGCUGCUCCCGCUACUGUCAAAAAGAAGAUCAUAAUGAGAGUACAAGCAGGAACAGUAAAAAGCAUAGAAAUAAAUAUAAUCCAGUCUCCAACAAUCCUGACAGCGCCUGUUCAUUCAGAUGUCACCUUAGCUUGCUUUGUCUACACCAAUGCCAGCGGUGGACUUGUGCGCUGGUAUCGGGAGGUGGAGCCAAAAGGCAGGAGUUACUUUUUCUCCGCAAAGGAAAUAAAUGACAAUGAUAAACGGGUGGAUUGGGUCAAUGAACAUAACUCCAUCGAAAAAUCCCUAAAAUUCAAAACUGUGCAGGCUGAGGACUCUGGAAAGUAUCACUGUGAAUAUUACAUGAAAGUGGCUAAGCCAGAAACGGGGAGCCAAACAGAGAGCCAGGAACAACUUGUGUUGGCGGGGUAUGGGACAGAAUUACGUGUGCGAGAGAAGGUGAACAUACGUAUAGACUAUAUUCCUGAAACUGUGUCCGUCACAGAAACAUCAAGUGUAACUUUGAUCUGCCUCGUUUAUCACCAUACCAGCUAUGUGGGCGCAUUGCGGUGGUUUCGGAAAACUGAAGAUGGUGAGGAGGCCCACUUCUACUCUGAAAGUCCAAAAGAUGGCAUGAAGAAUGACCCUCGUGUUGUAGGGAAGCAAGAAGUCAAAGGAGAUGUCUCCAAUUUCACUAUCACUAUCAAUGGCGUAAGGCCUCAUGACUCCGGAAAGUACUUCUGCCACAAAUACAAGAAGGUGGGAGGCAGCAAAGGGGAGGAGCUGCUACUCUCUGGUGUUGGGACCACCCUGACAGUGGACGCGCUGCUCUCCAGACCAACCACAGAGCCACCAGCAGUUAUUCUGCAGCCUUACCAAGAGGUCUGUGGUUUCCAGAACGAGAAAGUCACCUUGCACUGCUUUGUGUCGGCUGGGAUUGUCAACAGAAUAAUAAGGUGGUAUCGAAUCACCAGUAGACAGAAAGAAUACAUUUACUCCUCCAUGGAUGCCUCCUCUGAGAAGGUAGACCCCCGUGUGCAUCGGACUGAUCAUCACUAUUUUCACAUCGACUGGUCCAUCACCAUUGAGAAUUUGACUUUGAAGGACAAUGGGAUGUACUUCUGUGAGCUGGAAGAUGGACUUGAAGAAAAAGUUGCAGUGGGUGGUGGAACCAAACUGAUUGUUAAAGAGCCUCAUGGAGAAGCUGAAUUAAUAACCAAAGCAAUGACUCCAGAGCCUCACAGAGUAGCUGAUUUAACAACCGAAGCAAUGACCACUACUCCACCAUUGCCCCACUGCUAUGAACAUGCAGUGCCCUGGCAAACAUGCGAUGAAAUGCCCUCUUCUACUGGCGUGGGUAUCCUAAGUAAAUCCAUUACAGAAUUUGGGUUCAAUGUGUACCGCAUAUUAAAGGACACCUUAAAGGAGCCAAAUGUGGUGUUUUCUCCACUCAGCAUUGCCAUAGCUUUAUCAAACCUCCUGCUAGGAGCCCGAGGUGAGACUCUCUCCGUCCUGAAGAAGGCCUUGAACUAUCCGGAACAUUUCACCUGCGUUCACCAAGAGAUGGGCAAUCUGAUCCAGUCGGAUUCCAAUUUGCUUAUCGCCAGUGCAAUUUACUACCAAUCAGGACUUAAACUCCAUGACUUUUUCUUGGAACAAUCGAAACAGUAUUAUGGAGUUGCAAUGCCACUGAACAAUGACAUGGCUGAGAAUGUUCGGAUGAUCAAUGAGUGGGUUGCUGAAAAGACCCAAAACAAGAUUACCCAUCUGGUGGAUGAGAUCAUGGCCUCCCCUGAGAUGCUUCUACUGAACGCCAUUUAUUUUAAAGGGAAGUGGAAAGUAAAAUUUCAAGAAGAUGAAACAAAGCCGAAAACAUUUAUGCGUUUUGGACAUUCCUCAAAAAAGUUUGUGCUUGUACCAAUGAUGGAACAUGACAAGUACCCACUGGCAAUAAUACAGAGCAGAGCUCUGAAUGCCAAGGUUGCCAGAUUCCGCCUUUCCAAUGAGAGCAGUCUGGUUCUUAUACUGCCUAACAACCUAAGUCCCACGGGUCUUUCACAAGUCCAAAGUAAGCUGAAGACUGAGGAUUUCCUGGACAUGGUCAAACAGCUUAAUAAAGAGGACGAGAGCGAUGUGAUAGUGUCCAUACCUAAGCUGAAUCUUAAGACCAAAACUGAUUUGAAAGGUGUCCUGGAAAAGCUUGGACUGUCUGAUCUGUUCUCUUCUCCGAAUCUGUGUGGUAUGAGCUCAGAGAAUGGCCUCUUUGUCUCAGAUGCCAGUCACCAGGCGGUGAUUGAACUCCAUGAGAAUGGGGUGGAGGCAGCCGGCUCAACUUUCAUCAGUCUUUCACGCACGAUCUUAACAUUUGAAGCACACAAUCCUUUUAUGUUUGUCCUCUGGGAUGACCGUCAUGGGUUACCAGUGUUUAUGGGGCAUGUCACCGACCCUUCUUAUGGUCAGACGUUUGUGUAAAAAAACUGAAACGCUGGACCCUUACAAAGAAAUUAUUCUGCCUAUGACUGAUUAGCAACAACACAAAAAAGCAAAAACCAGGAUAUAGUACCUUACAUAUCUAUCUAUCUAUCUAUCUAUCUAUCUAUCUAUCUAUCUAUCUAUCUAUCUAUCUAUCUAUCUAUCUAUCUAUCUAUCUAUCUAUCUAUCUAUCUAUCUAUCUAUCUAUCUAUCUAUCUAUCUUGCCUACUAUACUAAAAGUAACAUCUAUCUAUCUAUCUAUCUAUCUAUCUAUCUAUCUAUCUAUCUAUCUAUCUAUCUAUCUAUCUAUCUAUCUAUCUAUCUAUCUAUCUAUCUAUCUUGCCUACUAUACUAAAAGUAACAUCUAUCUAUCUAUCUAUCUAUCUAUCUAUCUAUCUAUCUAUCUAUCUAUCUAUCUAUCUAUCUAUCUAUCUAUCUAUCUAUCUAUCUAUCUAUCUAUCUAUCUAUCUAUCUAUCUAUCUAUCUUCUUCUUUUGGCUGUUCCCAUUUUGGGGUCACCACAACAGAUCAUCUGUCUCCAUCUAUCCCCAUUUUCUGCCACCUCUACUGCCUUCGUGUUCUCCCUCACCACAUCCAUAAACCUCCUCUUUGGCCUUCCUUUUUUCCUCUUACCUGGUACUUCCAGCCUUAACAUUCUUUUCCUGAUGUACCCCUCAUCUCUUCUCUGCACCUGCCCAAACCAUCUCAAUCUAGUGUCUCUCACUUGGUCACCAAACUGUCGCACCUGUGUUGUCCCCUCUAAUAUACGUUGUUUCUAAUCCUGUCUACCAUCGUUACUCUGAGUGAAAAUUGUAGCAUCUCCAGCUCUGCCACUUCAGGCUCUGCCUCUUCUCUUUUUGUCAGUGCCACCGUCUCCACACCAUGCAGCAUAGUUGGUCUCACUGUCAUUUUAUAGACCUUCCCUUUCACUCUUGCAGGUGCUCUUCUAUCACAAAUCUCUCCUGUCACUAUUCUCCACCCAGUCCACCCUGCCUGCACUGUCUUCAUUACCUUUCUGCUGCACCCUCCAUUGGUUUGGACUUUUCAACCCAAGGAUUUAAAUUUGUCCACCUUCACCACCUCUGCUCCUUCCAACUCCUUCCCUCUCAUUCACUCACAUGUACCCCUUCUUACUCCUACCGACUCUCAUUCCUCUUCUCUCCCAUCUGCCCUUCAUUGUUUCUCUCCCUAACACCAUACCUGCCCAUCGCCUCCUCAUCACCAUUGUUCUCUUCACCAACGUGCUACCACUUUCUCUUCUUUUGGUAUACUUUUCACCAUUUUGUCUAUCGGUAGAAAAUUCCUACAGAAAAUGUAAUUUUACAAGCCUAAAGGCUACCUAACCUUAAAAUUCUAAAUAAAUGGUUACAUUAAA